AUGGCUUCGACAAACGGCUCAAGUCAAGAGCGGAGUAUGGGUCGGCAGGAAGAGAACCCAGUACCGCAAGAGAUGUUGCGGCAAGCAGCAGCCGCCCGAGCUGGCGAGAACGAUACAGCUUCGAUAACAGCAUCCGAGAGGCGGCAUAUGGGCCACGAUGUGUCGCUGGAAGCUGCAGAGGGACUCGAUACGACACAGGUGGAGCCUGACAUACCGCCUCCUGCCUAUGGAGACCACUAUGGCAUGGUGCAGCAACAACAAGAUGGAUUCGGGACGAAGGCGAGAGUCGCUGACGAUGGACGUGUCGAUAUCAACAUCAAUCAACUGAACAGGCGAUUGUCGACGCUGCUGGUUCCAAGUCUGAACCAGCUACAACGAGCUGCAGACGAGCAACAUGUCCCUCCACCGCCAUAUAUCCCGCCCUCACUGGGAGGGGCUGAAGGUGUACCGCCCCCACCACCGAUGAAUGUGGUUAUUCAAGUUGUCGGGUCAAGAGGAGAUGUACAACCAUUCGUGGCACUCGGAAAAGUGCUGAAGGAGACAUAUGGACAUCGAGUGAGGUUGGCAACACACCCCAAUUUCAAAGACUUCAUCAACGAAAACGGGCUCGAGUUCUUCAACAUUGGAGGUGAUCCACAAGCACUCAUGGCAUUUAUGGUCAAGAACCCGGGCCUCAUGCCUGGCUUCGACUCGCUCCGAGCAGGAGAUGUUGGCAAGAGGCGAAAGGAAGUUGGAGAAUAUCUGAGAGGCUGCUGGCGGUCUUGCUUCGAGACAGGCGAUGGCGGCGGCCCUGAAGCGAAUGACGAUACCAUUGAGGACUGGACGUCGCAUGGUGCAGGCGCCGCCGAAUACACCAAGAAGCCGUUCGUCGCAGACUGCAUCAUCGCCAAUCCGCCGAGUUUCGCUCACAUUCACAUUGCUGAGAAGAUGGGCAUACCGUUGCACAUUAUGUUCACCAUGCCUUAUUCGCCAACGCAGGCCUUCCCUCAUCCGCUGGCGAACAUUCAGUCUUCGAACGCUGACGAUCAUUUGACCAACUAUGUAUCGUACGCCCUCAUCGACAUGUUGACCUGGCAAGGCCUGGGAGAUGUGAUCAAUCGCUUCAGACAGCGAAGCUUGGGUCUCGACGAGAUCAGCCUCAUGUGGGCACCUGGCAUGUUGCAGAGGCUACGUGUUCCACACACUUACUGCUGGUCGCCCGCGUUGAUACCGAAGCCCAAGGAUUGGGGCCCAAACAUCAAUAUCUCGGGGUUCUUCUUUCUGGAUCUGGCGUCGAACUACACACCUGCUGAUGACUUGAGGGAGUUUCUGGAGUCAGGACCGCCGCCUGUAUACAUUGGCUUUGGUUCCAUCGUGCUGGACGACCCCAACGCUAUGACUGAGCUCAUCUUUGAUGCUGUUCGCAAGUCAGGCCAGAGAGCGCUCGUAUCCAAGGGUUGGGGUGGCGUUGGUGCCGAUGAAUUCGACAAACCUGAUGGCGUCUUCAUGCUGGGCAACUGCCCUCACGAUUGGCUCUUCAAGCGUGUAUCAUGUGUCGUCCACCACGGAGGCGCAGGCACUACUGCGGCCGGUAUCACCGCUGGAAAACCAACUGUCGUUGUCCCAUUCUUUGGUGACCAGCCGUUCUGGGGUGCCAUGGUUGCAAGAGCUGGAGCUGGACCAGAUCCAAUCCCGAACAAGCAACUCACGUCUGACAAUCUCGCUGAGGCUAUUCAGAAGUGCCUUGAGCCCCACAUGCAAGAAAGAGCACAAGAGUUGGCCACAAGCAUUGCUGCUGAGAACGGCAGCGAGCUAGGUGCGCAGAGCUUCCAUCAAUUCCUUGACGUUGACAAGCUGCGCUGUAACCUGGCUCCAUCGCGCCCAGCAGUCUGGCGCAUCAAACGUACUCAGGCGCGACUCAGUGCAAUGGCAGCUUGCACACUCGCUCAGGAGGGCUUGCUCGAUUUCAACGACCUGAAGCUAUUCAGACCCAGGGAAUACGAAGCCGACGAAGGACCUUGGGAUCCUAUCACUGGUGGAGCUACUGCUUUGAUCGGGACCAUGAGCACGAUGAUGUUGGGCGUUGCUGAUUUCCCCAUCGAGACUCUCAAGGCGCUCAAGAUUCAUCCCGACGCGAAGACGAGCAAGUCUGAAGGCAAGAAGCCAGAGGGGUCUGGAAGCGCACCAGAGUCGAAACAAGGGUCUGUUUCUGGCUCAGCCGGACGACCUUCAGAAGAGACCGGACCGCGUACUUCUUCGUCUCCAUCCCGCGCAUCGACACCUCGAAGCACCAGCGAGGCGGCAGUUCUUAGCGAUGUUGGAUCUCCGCCCACGAGCCGGACGAGCUCCUCCUUCAAUCUUCAGGAAUCGAUGGCAAGGCUCAACUCCGGACCUCUUUCUCCUGGGUCUGAGUCCUCGCAAAAGAAGAUCUCUUCGUCCAUGGCAGAUGCUCUCAAUGGGCAGCUCGGUGCCACCAGGACACGCUCUCGUUCCAACAGUCGACCGGGUAGCCCGAAGGGCUCUUUUGCACAGACCAUGAAGACGAGCCAGGACACCGCCAAGGGCGUGCACCGCAUCGUGGGCGCUGGUCUGAAGUCGCCGAUGGACUUCACCAUGGGUCUGGCCAAAGGGUUCCACAACGCCCCAAAGCUCUACGGCGAUGAGUCGGUCCGUCAAGCUGAGAAAGUGUCUGACUUCAAGUCCGGUAUCAGGGCAGCGACUAAGGAAUUCGGUCUGGGUUUCUACGACGGUAUCACCGGUCUGGUGACUCAGCCCAUGAAAGGAGCCAUGAAAGAAGGCGGAGCAGGCUUCGUGAAGGGCAUGGGUAAGGGUAUUGGUGGUCUUGUGCUGAAGCCAGGUGCUGCGAUCUUCGGCAUUCCUGGAUACACGAUGAAGGGUGUGUACAAGGAGAUGCAGAAGCACUUCGGAUCCAGUGUGCAAAACUACAUCAUUGCCGCUCGAACAGCGCAGGGAUUCGAUGAGUACCAACAUGCCAGUGAUGAGGAGAAGAGGGACGUCAUUAUGAGGUGGAAGGUGUUGCAGACCAAUCUCAAGAAGAAGCGAAAUUUGGAUGAGAUGGUCCGUGAUACCUUGGAUGAGCAGAUGAAGAAGAAAGAGGCGUGGAUCGAGUCCAGGAAGUUGAAGAAGCAGGAAACGCGCAGCCAAAGCCGAGCUGGAAGUCGAAGCAGGGCUGCGAGUACGUCUGCUUUCAACAAGACUACAGCCCAACCAUAUCAUGAUCCUGAGAGCGCGAUGCUCGAGAUCGGGGCCGAACGUGCGCACGACUUCAAUAGGCAUCGCGCGCACACCAUGGAUCCGAGCAGUGCUGAGGAGCGUGCUGUUGAGGAAGCGAUUCGAAUCUCAGUCCUUCGAACAUCGAACGGGGACCCUGAAGAAGACGCUCGCGUUGAACAAGGUAUUCGUGAAAAUAUGGCCGAGGUUCAGCUCCAGCGAACUCGCACUUCUCGUGCGGAUCAGCACGAACAUGACGAGCUGCAACGAGCGAUCACGGCCAGCACUCAAGAUGCAGACCGUCAGUCCCAAGCGGAGCAAGAACAUCAGGCUGAGCUUCAACGUGUUCUCACCGAAAGCCUACGUGAGCACAGAGGGUACCAAGACAGCGAUGACGAGCACAUCGACAGCCCAGUCUCCGAAGCCACCCUCCCAUCCGACGAUCCGCCCAUGUACGACCCAGGUCAUCUCGCUGGUACCACGCAAGCCGAGUUCGAACAGCAGAAAUCCCAACAGCCCGGCGAGAAGACCCAGCAAGAGCGUACAGAGGAAGAGAUUGUUUUGGAAUAUAUCAAGAAGCAAAGUUUACUUGAGGAGGAGAACAGGAAGAAGAUCGCAGCGUCCAAGGCGCCGCAGACUCAGGCCAAUGAUGAUGAACAUGAUGAGGAAUUGCAGAGGGUCUUGAAAUUGAGCAUGGAUCCGUCGGAGCAGUAUCGUGGACAGCAGUACGGCAGGGAGGCGUCGAAUUCGUAA